GUGGUCAUGCCAUGUUUAGUAAUGAAGGCUGCCCACUUGACGAAGACACAUUAGAGUACUCUUGGCUAGUGGAAGUGCAGCUUGGAAAAUUAUCAGGCAAACUUACAUUGCCUCAGCUUUGCAACGUUGUCGUCGGCCUAGAGACUUUGGUACUAUUAGCAGUGGAUCCGGAAAACUGUCUCAAGUCUCCCAAAACUGUGCGUAACUGCCAUCAUGGUGUGCCGAGCAAUCAAUGUCCACACACCAAAGAGGAGAACAAAUAUAAGUGUCCUUCAGCUGAAGAUAUUAAAUACAAAAUGACGCGUGUUUCUAUAGACGCAGUAGAUGUGUAUAUAAUUGAGAGUGGUACAGCGUUUCAUGCCUGG